UGCACUUUGAACAGGUUCACAGAUGGAGUUAGUAUGGCUGUGGGGAUUAUUCUGUGCGAUUAUUCGUAGUCCACCAGUGACGGUUGUGUGGUUUUAGAGACUAACAGUCUUUAAUGUCAGCUCAGUGUGUUUAGUUGUGCUUGUGCCUGUAGAAUUUAGGGAUUGGGUAUUUGUGAAUUUCGGAUCGUAUUUUGUAGAUUGGAAUAGUCGAAAAAGCAGUUGGUUAUAUAAAUCUUCAUAUUUUCUUAUUCUGAGUAGCUAUUUUCUUGCCUUUGUAUACGCCAUUAAGUAGGCCCAAGGCAAGAAGGGGUUGUAAUUUAAAUGGACAGUUUGCGCUGAGGAUACUGUUCUUGAUAUAAACGCAAAGAUAGCGAUUAUGUUUCGUCAUCAGAAUAAAUAGCAAAAGAAAAUACAAGUCCUUAGAAAAUGUGGCCAAGUUCAGUAAUAAAUCAAUACUUCGCGAAGAAAUGGAGCGACAGUAACAAAUCAGAAUUUAAUUCAUGAAGAAAUUAAGAGCAGAAUAAAUUUCGGUUAAAACAUGGAUUAUGAGUGAGAAUGGGAUACUGAUGAGAAUGUUUGGAGCUAAGUGAAAAGAAAUUGUUGGAGGAGGAGGAGGUAGUUGAGGGCUCAAUUUGAACUAGUGAAUUUUCUGCUGCAUCAACAAGGAAUACCAUGUCUACAACAGCAGGAGAUGAAGACUCAAGUGUUCGAGUGGCUGUCAGGAUCAGACCGCAGAUAGCACGGGAACUCAUCGACAUGUGUCGGAUUUGUACCAGUGUUACGCCAGGCAAACCCCAGGUGACGCUGGGCUCAGACAAGGCCUUCACAUAUGAUUAUGUCUUUGACACGAAUGUCCAGCAAGAGGAUGUGUACACAACCUGUGUAGAAGCUCUUGUGAACGGAUCUCUCGAAGGUUACAAUGCAACUGUUUUGGCAUAUGGACAGACAGGAUCUGGAAAAACAUAUACUAUGGGCACCGGAUUUGAUGUGGAAGUCGAGUCGGAGCAGAUUGGAAUCGUCCCACGGGCAAUACGUCACCUCUUCCAUGGAAUUCAGAACCGCGCAAACCAGGCUCAGGAAGCUGGUCAGCCAGCGCCAGAAUUCAAAAUAGUAGCACAGUUUAUGGAACUGUACAAUGAAGAUAUUAUUGAUUUAUUUGAUCAUUCAAGGGGACAAUAUGCGGGGAAGGGCGGAAUUAAAAUCCACGAAGAUGCUUCUGGAGGCAUUUAUGUAAUGGGAGUAACUAUGAAGCCCAUCAUGUCGGCUGAGGAUGCUCUUCAGUGCUUGCGCAUGGGAGCACUCUCGAGGACAACGGCCAGCACCCAGAUGAAUUCUCAGUCUUCACGCUCACAUGCAAUAUUCACACUUCACAUUAAACAACAAUGGAUGGUGAAAGUGGAAAAUGUAGAUGAUGGGGACUGUGUGGUAGCAACUGAUCCAUCUAGUGAGUUUGAAACCCUUUCAGCCAAAUUCCAUUUUGUUGACCUAGCAGGGUCAGAACGCCUGAAGAGGACCGGAGCCACUGGUGAACGUGCAAAAGAGGGAAUCUCAAUAAACUGUGGUCUCUUGGCUUUGGGAAAUGUGAUAUCAGCUCUCGGUGACAAGUCAAGAAAGGCGCUUCAUGUGCCAUACAGAGAUUCAAAGCUUACAAGGUUGCUUCAGGACUCACUUGGAGGUAACAGCCGAACAAUAAUGAUAGCAUGUGUGUCACCCAGUGAUUGUGACUUCAUUGAAACACUGAAUACGCUCAAUUAUGCUAACAGGGCACGAAAUAUCAAAAACAGGGUUACCAUAAAUCAGGAUAAAUCAUCUCGGACCAUCGUUCUCUUACGACAAGAGAUACAGCAGUUGCAGCUGGAACUGCUGGAAUACAAACAGGGCAAAAGGAUGCUCGGCGAAGAUGGCGUUGAGACCGUAAAUGACAUGUUUCAUGAAAAUACUAUGCUGCAGACAGAAAAUAACAAUCUGAGAACUAGAGUAAAGGCCAUGCAAGAAACGAUCGAUGUGCUCAGCAGUAAGAACACCCACCUUCUGGCUGAAAGGGCUGUUGGUGGCUGGAUACAAGCAGGCAGUGACUCAGAUGUAACGGAGAUGAUAGAAGGUUACCUGAAAGAGAUUGAAGAGCUUCGUGCCAAACUCCUAGAAUCAGAAGCCAUGUGUCAGCAGCUGCGGAGGGCGUCUUCAUGUUUUCCUGCACGAGUCCCACUUAGUCCUCAUGUGGCCAUGACAGGCAAUUUUGACAUAGCACUAGGCGAUACAUCUUCUGUGGGCAGCCUGAUAGCUGAAGCAAAGAAAGGGCUACAAAAGGACAUGGAACUGCUGUCUAGAAGCAGUAGAGGCCAGCAAGGGGAAGGUGAUGAUGGCAAGAAAAAUGGCGUGGAAGAUGAUGCAGAGGGUGAAAGUGAUAAUACUGAUAGUGAAGAGAAGGCUGGUGAAAAUGAAGAAGACAGUGACAGCGACACAGACACAGAGGAUAAAGAUGAAGAAACUGCACGUUACGGUUUGGAGCUGGCGGAGUUGACCUCAGAGAUCAACAUCAAACAGAAGCUGAUAGAGGAACUGGAACGGUCUCAGAAGCGAAUCCAGUUUAUGCGACAACACUACGAGGACAAACUUCAGCUUUUACAUGAACGAAUCAGAGCCACUCAAGAGGAGCGUGAUACUGUUCUUUUGUCCUUCACUAAUCAAACCAACAAACCAACUGAGAAAGAGCGGAAAGUACGUGAUGAGUAUGAACGUAAACUAUCAGAAAUGCAAAAGGAGAUGAAAAGACUUCAGUCGGCAAAGAAAGAACAUGCAAGAUUACUUCGCAACCAGACCCAGCAUGAAAACCAGGUGAAGGCACUGAAGAAUGACUUGGCUGAAAUGAAACGUGCAAAGGUAAAACUCUUGAAUAAGAUGAAAGAAGAAUCAGCAAAGCACAAGGAUGUGGAAGUACGAAGGAAUCGUGAAAUUGCACAAUUGCGAAAGGAAUCUCGCAAAAGGGAAAACACGAUUCGAUCCUUGGAGGCAGAGAAACGGGUAAAAGAAGCAGUUUUGAAACGCAAGCACGAGGAAGUUACUGCUUUGCGCAAAAUGCAUCGUGGACCACUCAGCAAUAAGGCCGUUGGCAGAAUCGGACCUAGGCACGCUUCGAAACGACUUGGUGUUUCUCCAAAGCAAGUUAAACAUAGAUGGCAGCAGUUGGAGAAUAAUAUCAGAAAGACUGCAACUAGCAAACAAAUUGUUGCAUCCAUGGAACGUGACAUGGACAGAUGGCUGAUCUUGGUGAUGUUGGUGUGCAGGCAGCUACGAUAUCGGGAGGAACUUGGACGAUCUCUGGACCAGCUGAUGCAUCGUAGAGACCAUGCUCUUAUAAGUCGCCAGGAUUUCUCAGUGAUUCGUGACUUGGAGGAUCAGAUAGAGCGCAUGAAAGCCAACAUUGAUUAUGUGCAGGAAAGCAUUGCAGAAUCUCAGGCAAACAUAAUGCAGAUUGAGGAGAGCAAGGAGAACUUGGAUACUCUGGAUGUAGCAAGCUUGGUACAAGGCCUGACAGAGAUGGACUCAAGAUACCUGAUUGAGAAACUGUGUAACAUGGCUAUCAACCAAAGUUUCUUGGCUGCACAGAAAGAACUUGCUGUCAAAGAGAUGGAAGCCAAGCCAAACGAGCUCAAACAGGAGAAUAGCACACAGCAGCAGCUACUGGAGCAUCUGUUGAAUGAGCGUGCUGAUAAUGACAACAUUGCAGUAUUAUCAUCAGAUAGUUCUGCAAAGUCUUCAAGGUCUAACUCUCCUACAGACACCUCUAAUGAUAAUGCGCAACGAAUGAGUGUUACAAUACCGCACAAGAUUCGACGCUUAACGGCAUUACCAGAGGAACUGCUGUAUCCCAUUAUUUCAUUAACCACCAACCAGGACCGGCUGACUUGCACAGAAUUACUUGGCACCACAGCCAUUCGAGAGGAGAUGACAGACUCAAAUUUGAUGCCACCGCCAUUAGCUGGUGGCAUUGUGAGGGUGCCCAGUGCACCAGGUGCUCUCAACUCUAAUGAUAAUGCGCAACGAAUGAGUGUUACAAUACCGCACAAGAUUCGACGCUUAACGGCAUUACCAGAGGAACUGCUGUAUCCCAUUAUUUCAUUAACCACCAACCAGGACCGGCUGACUUGCACAGAAUUACUUGGCACCACAGCCAUUCGAGAGGAGAUGACAGACUCAAAUUUGAUGCCACCGCCAUUAGCUGGUGGCAUUGUGAGGGUGCCCAGUGCACCAGGUGCUCUCAACUCUAAUGAUAAUGCGCAACGAAUGAGUGUUACAAUACCGCACAAGAUUCGACGCUUAACGGCAUUACCAGAGGAACUGCUGUAUCCCAUUAUUUCAUUAACCACCAACCAGGACCGGCUGACUUGCACAGAAUUACUUGGCACCACAGCCAUUCGAGAGGAGAUGACAGACUCAAAUUUGAUGCCACCGCCAUUAGCUGGUGGCAUUGUGAGGGUGCCCAGUGCACCAGGUGCUCUCAAGUAUGUGAAUCUUUAGCUUAUUCUAAUAUUU